AUGUCUUCUUCAAUCGUCCCAGAGUAUGAGGCUGCGAAUGAGCAGUAUGCCGCAGCCUUCACCAAAGGAGACCUUGCUCUGCCUCCAUCUCGUCACGUCGCUGUCGUUGCUUGCAUGGAUGCUCGUCUCGACCCAGCUCAGGUUCUCGGGAUCGAGCUUGGCUCCGCCCACGUAAUCCGCAAUGCAGGCGGCCGAGCUGCAGAUGCUCUCCGCUCUGUCAUCAUCUCCCAGCAGCUCCUUGGAACCCGAGAGAUUGUCAUUGUUCAUCAUACUGACUGCGGCAUGCUCACCUUCUCCGAUCUGGAUCUCAAGACAAAGGUUCGUAAGGAUCUUGGUGAAGACGUUGAUCACAUUGCUUUCCUCCCUUUCGGAGACCUUGGACAGAGUGUCCGUGACGAUAUCACUUUCUUGAAGAAAAGCCCUCUUGUUCUGGAUGUUCCUAUCACAGGCUACAUCUAUGAUGUUAAAUCUGGCAAGAUCAACAAGGUUGAUGCUUAA